UGGAGCAGGAAAGGGCAUCUGUAUGGUUUUUGUUACGGGUUUGUUGCACUGAAACCUUGUGAGAUGCUGUUGGAAUAUAUUAGCCUUUUUUAUUUAAUUCUAUCUUGUUAGUUUAAAAUUCAAUGGGAGCUGAGGUGAUGUCACCCUGAGUUACUCGUUUAUUUUAACCUAAGGUGGCAAACAUAAGUUUCAUGAUCAUGUUCCCUUCAAAAGGUAAAAUCCUGCAGAGGCUGCUACAGCAUAGACACACAUUUUGGUGCUCUCCUCCAUUUGGAAAAGCCGCCUGCUCCAGGCUGGUUCUGGGUAUUGAGACAAGCUGCGAUGACACUGGAGCUGCUGUUUUGGACGACAAAGGUGCAAUACUGGGAGAGUCUCUGCAUUCACAGAAAGAAAUACAUCUGAGGUCUGGUGGCAUCAUCCCCACAGUGGCACAACACCUCCACAGAGAAAACAUAGAGCGCGUGGUCCAGGAGGCUUUGGAGAGAAGUGGCGUGGAUCCAAGGCAGCUCACGGCUGUGGCCACCACAGUGAAGCCAGGCUUGGCCCUGAGCUUGGGUGUUGGUCUUGAGUUCAGUAAGAGGUUUGUUAGGCAGCACAACAAGCCGUUCAUCCCCAUCCACCACAUGGAAGCCCACGCCCUGACCGUGAGGAUGCUUCACCCUGUCGCCUUCCCCUUCCUGGUCCUGCUCAUUUCUGGUGGUCACUCACUUCUCGCUGUGGCUCGAGGAGUCGACGACUUUCUGCUUCUGGGUCACUCUCUGGAUGAAGCUCCAGGGGACACACUGGAUAAAGUGGGAAGACGUUUGUCCCUCAGAAAACACCCGCAGUGCUCCACGCUGAGUGGAGGACAAGCUAUAGAGCUUCUGGCAAAGGAUGGUGACAGGACGAGGUUCCCUUUCAGGACACCUAUGGGGCAAAAUUUUGACUGUUGCUUUUCUUUCGCUGGACUACGGAAUCAAAUUACAAUGACAAUAAUGAAAACAGAGGCAGAAGAAGGUAUAGAACAGGGGACACUGCUGUCAUGUGUGAAUGACAUUGCAGCUGCCACACAGCACAGUGUAGCGUCUCAUCUUGCUAAGCGCACACAUCGUGCCAUCUUGUUCUGUAAGGCAAAUGGCCUGCUGCCGUCAAGCAGUCCCACCUUGGUGGUGUCUGGAGGAGUUGCCAGCAACCAGUAUAUCCGGAAGGCCUUGGCUAUUAUCACUGAGACGACAGGACUACACCUGCUCUGUCCUCCAGCCAAAUUCUGCACUGACAAUGGAGUGAUGAUUGCAUGGAAUGGUGUUGAACGCCUGAGAGAAGGAAAAGGGAUACUACCUCCAAAUGUAGAUGUCUACUAUGAGCCAAAGGCACCGCUGGGUGUUGAUAUGACAGCAGAGGUGAAGACAGCAGCGAUCAGGUUGCCGUCAGUCAAAAUCAAGAUCUCCAACUGACUGACUGUUGCUUUUUUCACUCCUGAAUUUUCCAUGUUCAAAGUAUAUACUGUGUAUAUAUUAUACAUGUAUAAAGUACAUUACAUAUUUAUUAAUAAAU